AUGGAUUCCCAGAACCAAACUCAGGGGACAGAAUUUAUCUUCCUGGCAUUCUCUGGACUCCUAAGCCACCAGGUCCAUCUUUUCUUGGUGGUCCUUGUUGCCUAUUUAGCCACUCUGAUGAGCAACUUCAUGAUCAUAACCCUGGUUCUCCUGGAUUCCCACCUUCACACCCCCAUGUACUUCUUCCUCAGCCAGCUCUCCAUCUUGGAUAUUUGUCUCUGCUCUGUGGUUGUACCAAAAAUCCUGGUGAACUUCCUACGCCAGCAACACACCAUCUCCUACAACCAAUGCCUGGCACAAGCGUUCUUCCUCAUUGGCUUUGCAGGAUGUGAGCUGGCCCUACUGGCUGUCAUGGCCUAUGACCGCUACGCAGCCAUCUGUCAGCCUUUGCACUAUGCCCAUCUGAUGAGGACCAAGGUAUGCAUCCAACUGUCUGUGGCCAUUUGGCUCUGGGGCUUCCUACACUCAGCCAUCCAUGCUGCCCUGGCCUCCAGGUUGGAUUUUUGUGGAAACCACCAGGUUCCUCACAUCUUUUGUGAUGUUCCCCCAUUACUAAAAAUUGCCUGCAGUGAUACCUGGGUAAACGAAUUGGCCAAUCACAUCACCAGCAUCUUUGUGGGCCUCAGCCCUUUUCUCUUCAUCAUCCUGUCCUAUUUUUAUAUCUUGGCCUCCAUUCUGCGGAUUCACUCCACCACCGGCAGGCGCAAAGCCUUCUCCACUUGUGCAUCACACAUUGCUGUGGUAACUCUCUUUGUUGGCAAUGGAUGCGUGAAUUACAACCAGCCUAGUGCUGGCUACUCCUUGGAGAUUGAUGCCCUGAUCUCCACAAUGUUUUGUAUUGUCACCCCCAUGCUGAACCCUUUGAUCUACAGCCUCCACAACAAGGAGGUGAAGGGGGCCCUGCGGAAGGUUCUCAACUGCUGGAAGUCAGCAUAG